AUGUCGCAACAAAACACACGAGUAGAUGAUGAUAUUGGCCAGUCGUUCAAACUAAAGUAUCCAGAAGUAUUUAAGACUGAGUUGGGUACGGUUAAGGGACACAAAGCUACGUUAAAUUUGAAAGAAAAUGCGAUUCCCAAAUUCUGCAAAGCUCGAAGCGUUCCUUUUGCACUUCGCCCGGCAGUUGAGCAAGAAUUAAACCGGGUGCAGGAAGAAGGAGUGAUUUACCCAGUGAAUUUUAGUCAAUGGGCGACCCCAUUGGUCUGUAUUCCAAAGGCCGAUGGAAGAGUACACGUUUGUGGAGACCAUAAAGUAACAGUAAACCCAAGUUUACAUUGUGAUCAAUAUCCAAUUCCAAUUCCAGAGGAGGUAUUUACUAAACUGUGGGGAGGAAAACAAUAUUCAAAAAUUAAUUUGAAAUGUGCAUACCAACAGUUAGUUUUUGAAGACGAGGCACAAGAAGUAGUAACGAUAAACACACAUCGCGGUCUAUACCGAUACACGAGAUUACCGUUUGGGAUUUCUUCGAGUCCAGCCAUAUGGCAGCGAUUCAUAGAACAAGUAAUAGCAGGACUAGAAUGGACAUGUGCAAUAAUGGACGAUGUCCUAGUCACUGGCUCAUCCGACACAGAGCAUAUCAGGAAUUUAGAGAACUUAUUUGAGCGAUUCAACAAAUAUGGUGUCAGAGUUAAGGCAGAAAAAUGCACAUUUCUGCAAAGAGAUGUAGUGUAUAUGGGACGGAAGCUAUCCGCUGCAGGAAUUCAACCGACAAGCGAUAAGAUUAAGGCUAUUAAGAGUGCACCAGUUCCAUGUAACGCAACAGAAUUAGGAUCCUGGUUAGGAUUAGUUAAUUACCAUGCAUCAUUCAUUCCACGACUAUCAACGAUGAUACAUCCUUUGAAUGAGCUGUUGGGAAAUAAACCAUGGACAUGCAACGACGAAUGCAGCAACGCAUUUAAUGCUGUAAAGCAAACUAUCAGUGAGGACAUCAUAUUGACACAUUACGAUCCAUCAAAACAGUUGGAACUAUACACUGACGCAUCUCUAUUAAUAGAGAUAUCUUAG